ACAUUCGUAAAAAGAAAUUCGUUUCGUUCGGAGGUGUGCGGCACUGAAGGAUCAACCAAUCAAACUAACCAACCAACAACUGAGCAAGACCAAUUAAGUCCUCACGGCAAACUAAAAAUAAUAAAUUUUCGAGAGAUAUUCCAUUCCAAUAAAAUCUACAGUUCUAUAAUAUAAAAUGGCCGGAGGUAAAGCUGGAAAAGAUUCAGGAAAAGCAAAGGCCAAAGCUGUCUCACGCUCUGCCAGAGCUGGCUUACAGUUUCCUGUGGGUCGUAUUCAUCGUCAUCUGAAAAGCCGUACAACAUCCCAUGGUCGUGUUGGAGCUACUGCUGCCGUCUAUUCUGCGGCCAUCCUCGAAUAUCUGACCGCCGAAGUUUUGGAAUUGGCUGGAAACGCUUCAAAAGAUUUAAAAGUCAAACGUAUCACCCCCCGUCAUUUGCAGUUGGCCAUUCGUGGUGACGAAGAAUUGGACAGUCUUAUCAAAGCAACCAUUGCCGGAGGUGGUGUGAUUCCACACAUUCACAAAUCUCUAAUUGGCAAAAAGGAAGACAACGUACAAGAACCGCAAAGAAAAAAUACCGUUAUUCUAUCGCAAGGGUAUUAACUUUAAUUUUUCUUUUUAAUUUCUAUAUUUCUAUUGCUAAUGAUAAUAAGAAUAAUAAUAUAAACACACCAUAAAACAUAAAAUAAUAAAUUUUAUAAAUGCCCCGACCGCCCCCUUUCUUUUUCGCUACCUAAAAGAAACACAAAGAUCACAAGACAAAAAAACACAACACGUUGAAUACGUUUAAUUUCAUAACCUUAACUUAGAAUCUGUCAUAGUUUCCCUUCACAUUUAUACACAACAAAUUAAUUAUUUUUGUUUUCUCUCUUUUGUCGGCAAUUGAACUUUUUUUUUAAUUAUACUU